UACGCACACAUACACACACACCUCAGACGUGCACUGUCUGCCUGUCUCCGUUGUGUGAGUGUGAGGAUGUGAAGUGGAAUGGAUGAGUGGCUCCACUGAAGAAAACAUGAAGGCCGACACUUUCUCGACUUUGCCCAGGUCUGCUAAGCAGCCUCCCCCUGUCCCACCCAAGAGCCCCUCUCAACGCGGGGUGCGUAGGACGAUGAAUGAUCCCUCUGACAUCACCAAAAGCUCCGCUGUUGGGACACAUCUGGACACCAAAAGCACCGCUGUUGGGAUAUAUCAGCAAACCGCAAUAGACACCCCUAAAAGCACCCUGCUUGAGGUCUAUCAAACACCAAGUCAUCAAGAAAACAUCUCUUCUCUUGGGGUGCCUCAGACACAGAAAGAUCAGGACAUGCCCAACAGAGUGUCGUCUGAGGUGUAUCAAACACCAAGUCAUCAAGAGCAAUCCAACAGCGAGUCUCUUGGGGUGUGUCAGACACCCAAACGCCCUCCUCCCGUUCCUCCAAAAAGCCCCUCUCUAAAGGGAGUGCGUCAAACACAGAAUAGCCAAGACAACAUCAACAGCCAGUCACUUGGAGUGUACCAGACACCAAACGAUCCGAACCUGCUUAACAGACAGACUCUUGGAGUAAAUCCAAAGACACCAAAGAAUGAGGAUGCCCCCAAAAGCGCCUCCUUUGGGGUGUAUGAGUACGCCCCCAAAAGCGCCUCGUCUGGGGUGAAUGAAACCCCAAUAGAUCCCCCUGAAAACUCUGAAAGUAUCUUCCAGGGGAUGUAUCAGAAUCUAAAUCAAGACAACUCAAGCACCACAUCCACUGAGGUGUAUAAGACACAGAAUAAGCCGGACACCCCUAGCAGACAGACAGUUGGUGUGUACCAGGUACCUAGUUGUCAAGGCAACUCCAUCGAGCCAUCUCUUGGCGUGCAUCUGACACCAACAUGCCCUCCGCCUGUUCCUCCAAAGAGCCCCUCUAUUAAAGUAGCACGGCGAACACAGAAUAGUCAAGGCAACACCAACAGUGGUGCUGGAGUGUACCAGACACCAAAAGAUGCAGACAUUCCCAAAAGUCAGUCAGUGCGACUAUACCAGUCACCAAAAGAUGUGGAUUUGUCAAAUAGUCAGUCACUUCGGGUGUGUGAGCCGCAGUAUGAUAAUGAAAGUCCCAGAUAUCUGGACAUCACUAGCAACCUGCCUUCUGGGGUGUCUGAGAUGGCAACAGAUCUUCCUGAGAACCCUGACAGCCCUUCUGUUGGGGAGCAUCAAACACUGAGAGACCCGCUGGUUCCUCCAAAGAGCCCCUCUCUAAGGCCAGUGCACCAAACACAGAAUAAUACAGACACCACCAAGGACACACAUCUUAUAGUUUAUCAGACACCAAAGCAAGGCAGCUCCAACAACGAGCCUCUCGGAAUAUAUCAGACACCGGGUGACCCAGUCGUCACUAGCAGCCUGUCUUUAGGGGGGUGUACAACAACGAAUGAUCCUGCAGGUGCGAAUCGAGCACAGGGUAAUCAAGACGAUGCUAGUGACCCAUCUCUCGGACAGUACCAGACACCAAAGGAUUGUGAUGUCAUCAGCAGCCCUCCAGAUGAUCAAGAGGGCCCAUCUGCCAUGGACAGCUCCGCCUCUCCCGUUCCAGCCCGCCCUCCUCCUGUACCACGAAAAACUAAGAGCUACAUCUACCUGCGCCCCAACAUCUCUGCCAAAGGUGACGGCAGCUACGGCAGGCAAGCCUCCUCUCCUAGUCUGGCGUCUUCUCCCUCCUCCUCCCAGCCUCCUCCCCCCACCCCCAAGAGUCGCAACAUCUACCUGUCAUCCAGGGACAUUCUUGCUGGAUGCAGCACGACCCCUCGUGACCUCUCACCCAGGAGCAGCACGACCCCUCGUGACCUCUCACCCAGGAGCAGCACGACCCCUCGUGACCUCUCACCCAGGAGCAGCACGACCCCUCGUGACCUCUCACCCAGGAGCAGCACGACCCCUCGUGACCUCUCACCCAGGAGCAGUACGACCCCUCGUGACCUCUCACCCAGGAGCAGCACGACCCCUCGUGACCUCUCACCCAGGAGCAGCACGACCCCUCGUGACCUCUCACCCAGGAGCAGCACGACCCCUCGUGACCUCUCACCCAGGAGCAGCACGACCCCUCGUGACCUCUCACCCAGGAGCAGCACGACCCCUCGUGACCUCUCACCCCAGUGCAGCAGCACAGACAGCCAGAAGCCUGAGAAGCAGCCUUACUGCACCUUUACCGAGAGCACACCUCUAGUGCAGAUGCCAGGGACACAAGGGGUGGCGCCCAAACAGACAUGUCCAUCAGAGCCAGAGCCUGCCGAGUACGACACCUUGCUUCCAGACGACCAGAAAGCCGCCAGUGCUGCCACUCCACCUCCAGUGCCGCCCAAAUCCAAGAGCCGGCCCAGGCCCCAGUCUGUCACCUCCCCAACAGGAGGUUGCUACAACAAACUGCCCCAUUCAAAGUCCCUACCCAGAUUCCCUGCAUCAGCCAGCAGCUCUGCCUCUACUUACCAAGCACCAACAGCAGGCUCAUCUGGCAGCAGCCAUCUGCACACUGCAAAGUGGGAGGUUGAGUCUCCAGGUACUGGCACCUCAGAGCCAGAGGCCUAUGCCGACCGUGAUGUGCGACCCAUGAGACCCAGAGCCACCCCUAGGGGGAGCCACAAACACACAGUGCCCACACCAGCACCGAGACCACAGGGACCCGCCCUGAGCGCGCCACACCAGUCUGCCAUCUACGAGCCCAUGGUACAGGAGAUGACGUCACCCACCACGCAGCCACCAGCCACCAGAGGAGGCUCGACGUCUUCCAACCCCCCGCACCCUCAGCCCCCUUCCUUCUCUCCCCCACCCCCUCCCUCCCCAUCACCCCGUGUCGCCCCACGAAGCCCCUCCUCAGGGGUCUACCAAGAGCUCAUUGAGACCCCGUUGCCUGAUGGAUCUUCAGGGGCCUAUCUAGAACCCAUCGGGACCCUAUCCCCUUGUGGGUCCGCAGUUUACCAAGAGCCUACCGGGACCCCAUACUAUGUGAGCGUGCUUCCCCAACUCCCUGGAACGCAGAGCACUGAGAUACUGCCACAUCACAACACUGAAACGUUGCCAAGGAGACCGUUUGCGAAUGAUGACGAGGGAACUAGCUGGUUGAGGAAAACGAUGGACACAAUGAAAUUGUUCUCACACGAUUCGUCCCGCUAUGUUAUGACGGCCGAAGACAAGAUCCAACAGAUGAACCGCAUGGCCAAAGAGACGCGCAUGGCCCUAAAGUGUUUCCAGGCCAUGCUGCAGACGCGCGGCGACGCACUCCGCUCGCACAUCUCCGAUCUGCAGGGCAUCGCGCAAGAGCUUGAGAGGGUUUGCCAGCGCCACAAGCUGGCGGGCAUCACGGGGGGCACGGCCAGCGCGGCGGGCACAGUGGCGGCGGUGGUGGGCAUCGCCCUGGCGCCCCUCACCAUGGGGGCCUCCCUCAUCGCCACGGGGGUGGGCGUAGGGGUUGCCGUGGCGGCAGGAGGGGUGGGCGCAGGCUCCGCCAUCAACAAGAAGAAGAAGAAGAGCUCCGACGUCAAGCGCGUGGAGGAGAUCAUCAAGACCUACCGAGAGCAGGUGGGCGACCUGGAUCAGUGUCUGGAGAUGGUGAGGACGGGCAUGGAGAGGCUGCGGAGAUGCCAACCGGUAGCGGGCGUCAACGGUGCCAGCGAUGAGGCCGUGUGGAUGGCACAGGUGGCGGAGGCGGCAUACCGGCUGGGCAAGGAGGGCAGUGCCACCCCGUCGUCGUCGUCAUCGUCACCCAAGAGUGCCAGAGAUGUGCUGAAGGACUUUGACGAUGGGGCUGGGGAGGAGGUCUACUCCAACACCAAGGAGGGCAAGAAGCUGAGGAAGGGCUCGGAGAAGAAAUUUGGGGAGAGGGUGUGCACCCUGGCGCAGCAGCUGCAAGAAGCGCUGAACGACAUGACCCAUGCUCACGAGACAUUCACUCUAGCCACCGCCAGCGUUUGAACGACGUGACCCACGCUCACGAGACAUUCACUCUAGCCACAGCCAGCGUCUGAACGACAUGACCCACGCUCACGAGACAUUCACUCUAGCCACAGCCAGCGUCUGAACGACAUGACCCACGCUCACAAGACAUUCACUCUAGCCACAGCCAGUGUCUGAGGAUGCUGCACCCUGGCUGUACUGAUGAGCAGGGCUCUAAAUUAACACUCGCCAACCGGACAAAUGCUGGUGAAAAUUUGGUUUGGCUGGUAGAAAAGAAAAGACACUAGCCACUUUGACUGAUAUGGGGUGUAAGCAUGGUAAGAUGUAACAUGUACUAUAACCAAAUUGGCUAGUGAUGAAAAAAUGUAAAAGUAUAAUGUAUAAUGUAAAAGUACUUUUACUUCUUCUUUAUACAACUCUGGUAGAAUGCCUGUAGAAUGCAUCUCGUCCACUCAGAUAAAGUUAAGUUCAUGGACCGGAUCUAACUAUUGUAUUUUAUAUACAUUUAUAUAUUUAUAGCCCUGCUAUAAUAUAGCCUAAUAAUAAUAAUAAUUGUAUUUGUAUUGCACUGUAUCAUACAAGCCAUACAACUCAGUGCUUAACAAAUGGGAAAGUGCUUAACAAAUGGGAAAAAAACAUCAUUGUUAGAGAUGGAUUUAAAAGGAGAGGUAGAGAGGAGAGAAACAGCAAGAAGGCAGAGGAAGAAGAGAUAGAUUGAGUUUGUAGAGUCAUAAGGUCCACGUAGGUUGGGACCAGGAUUCUUAGAGGUGUAAGGUCCAUAGUGGUUGGGUCCAGCAUAAGUCAUAGAUAGUCACACUGAAUUUGGGCGCUCAGAUGUGGCCCCUGGUGGCAUCAGGGGUGAGGGAAAAUUCCCUUUUCACUUGAUUCAUAGUUUGUAGGGGGAAAAAUCUCAGUGAGGUCUGAGAAAAAAACCUUAUAGCCAGGAAGAAACCUCAGGCAGAGACCAGCGGCCACCUAGGGGAGCCCCCUACCAGGGCUGGUUGUGAACAUUAAGGAAGCUGCGGCAGCUGGGACGCUGUGACGCCUGAUAAGGUUCACAGAGGAUGCUACACUCUGUGAGAAGGCUGUAGCUGGUUGAUAUGUAUAUUGUAUGUAGAGGGGGCCUUUCAUAUGACUUUGUCCCAGGCCCAUAAAACAGCCGUCAUGUGUGUGUGUGUGUGUGUGUGUGUGUGUGUGUGUGUGUGUGUGUGUGUGUGUGUGUGUGUGUGUGUGUGUGUGUGUGUGUGUGUGUGUGUGUGUGUGUGUGUGUGUGUGUGUGUGUGAAGAGAACCCACCCUUCCUGAAUGGAGCUUCUGUUUGUGUUGGUAUAGAACACCAGAAGUGUGUUUAUUUUUCACAUGCAUAGAAAUACUGUGAACUUUUAUACAGCCAAAGGUAUGAUACCCACUCUGUGCCCAUUAGACAUGACCUAGUAUCUUUCUCUGCCUACCCUUUGGCAUCUUAUUAUUACACUCUGUACAGUACAGUGUCAAUAAAGACAACCCCACUGAACUGACGGUUGUGGCCAAACAACGCCCUCUGUUGGUAACCAUGAAUAAACUCAGGUUGCUCAUCAUGCUUUCUAACUGUGUAAACUCUCUACAUGUUGAUUGUUACCAUAUUGUGAGCCACUUCUUGCACAUAGUUUAGGCCCAAUAGUGUUAAAUUAGUGAUACAACCUGACUGUUUCACAACUUGGAGAUGUAACUGAAGUGUUGCUGAGCAGUCCGCCACAGGGCUCGAACCCACCAGCUACCAGUCAAGGCUCCAGUUUGGGCAUAGAGUAGAGUAGAGAAGAGUAGAGUAGAGCAGAGCAUUUUUAUUAAUACAGAGAGAAAUGAAGGUGUCUGACAUGGGAGAUGUCUGGGCAGGGGAUGCACAAUAUGAUGACGCUGAGCUAAAGGACCAGUCGGAUAGCUCAGUGCUACUGA